CUAGAAAACCUGACAAAUACUCCAACAUUGGAUACAGUAAAUAAAAAACGGCCAAUAUCAAAAUAAAUAAAUAAUUAAAACCCAUUUGAAUAAUUUUUUUAAGAAUUUUAACUGGAUAAAACAAUAACUAAACAAUUACUUUUUCUGAAUAUUUAAGGUACUAAUACCCAUCAAUGCAGUAGUCAAUAUUGGUUUGACUUAUUCGGCAAGUGCCUUUUUUUUACCUGAUUCAACAAAGGAAAAAAGAAAAUCUUCCCUGCUAACAUGGUCUACAAAAGAACGAGGUCAACUCAAGUAUACGUCUACAGCAAUCUUAUUCAAUAAAGACAAAUCUACUCACAGCAUUGGAUUCGAAGCAGAAGAAUAUUUUUAUAAGAAAAUACAAAAGAAGGAUCGUAAAAAUUGGUUCUUUUUUCCAACCUUAGUGUCGACACUUUGGGAACAAGAGGAAAUAAUGGAGGGAAAUAUCAAAAUAAGAAUUGCACAGAACAGACACAAAAUGAAAGCUGUUGAUGUUAUUGCUGCUUUUAUCAGCAAAAUAAAACUCAAGUUUCAUACAGAGCUAAAUCAAGAAUGUACCACAUUUACAAUUGACAUGUUGACGUUAGUUGUACCAGCUAUUUUGAAAGACAAGGAAAAACGUCUCAUUACGAAAGCCAUUGAAAUGGUGGGAAUCUCAAGUAAUUUUAUUUUAUUAGAAGCACCUGAAGUUGUACUUAAAUUUUACACUCAACAUUCUUCAAACUUAUUUAACAAAGAAGGCCCUGAAUUAAAGAAGAGCUAUACGUGUGUUGUUCUGGAUGUUGAAGAUACAUCAUUUACCUCAACUGUAAUGGAAGUUAAACAACAUACUUACACAAUGAAAACUACUGUGUUUAGUCAAUAUGGAGGUAUUUCUGAGGAUUUGUUUGGAUUAUUCACUUGUUUAUUUACUAAAGAGGUUACACAACAUUUAAAAAAAAAACAUCCGUUUGACUACAUGAAACCCCUUCACAAUUUUCAAUUGCAAUUGGAACAUAUUCAAGGAGACGAAAAAGUUAAAAUACGAAUUCCGUGGAAAUGGUUUGAUCGUUAUAAACACACCAAAGGCACUUCAAUAAUUAAAGCAAUAAAAAAAUCUACUUUCUCGUCUGAUGUAGAAUUUGUAUCAGACAAAGUGAAGAUAAGUAAUGAACUAUUUAAGGAGAAAUUCGUCAAUUUAACAACAUAUAGAUAUCAAGUAUUAGCAAAGAUUCUAGAUGAAUCGGUUUCUGAAAUUGGCGUUUUGUAUAUUGUUGGAGAACAUAUUGACAAUAUGUUUGUUAAUGAUUUGAAAAAAAGAUAUCCUAACUUUACAAUAUUUGCAGAAGAUCCAAAAGAUGUUAUUCUAAAGGGUGCAAUUAUGUUUUGGAAUGAAUGAUUGUCGAAAUGUAUAAGUGCACAUUCUAUAUUUAAGGGAAAUUCUUUUUUUAAAUUGCUGUAACAAUUGUCAAACUUAGCAAAACAUUUUAAAUUACGGAAUGCAUAUCACGUAUGUAUGGCCCUUUUUUAUUAACAACGUUUAGUAAUGUUUUCGGUCCUACACUAUUCAUUCUAUUAAAUUGUUAAUUUUA